AUGAAUGAUUUUAAAAAAAUUCAACAAAGUCCCUUAGAUGGAAUCUCAGCAGCACCAGAAGGUGAUGAUAUUAUGAAAUGGGAAGCUGUAAUAUUUGGUCCAGAAGAUACACCAUUUGCUGGUGGGAUAUUUAAGUUAAAAUUAGAAUUUUGUGAAGAAUAUCCUAAUAAAGCUCCAGCUGUUAAAUUUAUUUCAAAAAUGUUUCAUCCAAAUGUUUAUGCAGAUGGUAGUAUUUGUUUAGAUAUUUUACAGAGUAGAUGGUCACCAACAUUUGAUGUUAUGGGUCUUUUAAUAUCUAUUCGAAGUCUUUUAGAUGAACCAAAUGCCUCUAGUCCAGCUAAUGCAGAAGCUGCAAAUUUAUAUAGUGAAAAUAGAAGAGAGUAUGAAAAGAGGGUUGAAAUGAUUGUUGAGGCGUCUUUUGAAGAUAUGGAACGUGAGGGUGAAGAUGAAGGUGAAGAAAAAGUUUGUACUGAAUAA